AUGCGCCCUGCUCUGCGACAGGCCAGGACGCUGCUGGACCAUGAUGCUCUGCAGGCCUCGAUACCGUCUUUCCUCUGCCCUGCACUCCUGAGAUCUCCUGCGCCCACACCUCGCCGCCAUGCAAAGCCCGCUCAGCGCUUCUCAACAUUCGGACGAGCGCAACAGGAGGCCUCAGCCCCCGUCCCUUCCACCGAGACUAUCAAAAGCCAGCCCCUGAAUGCGCGCUCGAGAAGCACACGGCUAGAGAAGAGGUCGCUGCCAAGAGCAUGCCCUGGCUGCGGUGCGCCAACACAGCUGUUCGACAAGAAGGAGGCAGGGUACUACAACGUUGACAGGGGCGCAGUGCGAGCGUAUCUAACCUGGGACCCAAGCAAGGUUCAAGAAGCCACACAAGAGGAUGACGUCUAUUCGAAAGCGCUGAAGGAUGCAGAUCCUGGGCUGCUGAAAGAGUUGGGAGUGCUUGACGCGGCCACGACCACCGAGGCACUGUCACCAGACACUCCGGUAUGCGACCGCUGCCAUAACUUGAUCCAUCACAGUAUAGGUACACCAAUACACCACCCAACUGUCGAGUCAAUUCAGCAGACCAUCGCUGAGUCGCCCCACCGCCGAAACCACAUCUACCACGUCGUUGAUGCCGCCGACUUCCCUCUAUCUAUCAUCCCAAACCUCCAAUCCUCGCUGCGCAUACCCAAGCUGCGAUCGCAGAACCGUCGAGCGAAACACAAAGGAUGGGUAGCAAAUGACCGUAUCGCAGAGGUCAGCUUCAUCAUCACAAGAGCGGAUCUUCUGGCACCAAAGAAGGAACAGGUGGACACACUCAUGCCAUAUAUCACCGACGUACUCCGCGACGCAUUAGGCCGAGACAACAGUAAAGCACGUCUGGGAAAUGUAAGGCUAGUCAGUGCGAAGCGCGGCUGGUGGACAAAGCAAGUCAAAGAGGACAUCUGGGAGCGCGGCGGCGCAGGCUGGAUGGUCGGCAAAGUCAACGUGGGCAAAUCCAACCUCUUCGAAGCCGUUUUCCCCAAAGGCCGGGGCGCCGACUACCAAGACGUGCGCAAGAUCCGCAGCGUCGCCGAGCGGGAAGCCAUGCUCAACGCCGCGCAAUCGCUUGACGACCUCACGCGCGUGCAGAAACUACUCGCAGACGAAGACGCCGACAUCGAACGCCACAACAACCGACCGAAUCAGCAUGUCCACCAGCCUCCACGCGCUGUUGAGCGCGACCCCGAGGAAGUUGAAGACGAGGAAGAAGACCCCGACGCCCUCCUCCCCCCUCCCCAACCUUACACGCCCUACCCUGUCCUCCCCAUCGCGUCCUCCCUCCCGGGCACAACCGCCUCUCCAAUCCGGAUCCCCUUCGGCGCCAACCGGGGCGAACUGGUCGAUCUCCCCGGUCUGGCGCGCACCACACCCGGGCUAGAAACCUUCGUGCAGGCUUCCCACCACCAAGACCUAAUCAUGACCUCGCGCCUCAACGCCGAGCGGUUGUCUCUCAAACCGGGCCAGAGUCUGAUCCUUGGCGGCGGGUUGAUUAGAAUCACACCCGUCACGGAGGAUAUUGUUUUCCUCGUGUACCCUUUUGUACCAAUCCAUGCACACAUCACACGCACCGAGAAGGCGUGCGCAUACCAAACGCAGACCUCCGAUCGACAGCUGCAGGUCCCGCCCAUCCUGGCUUCCGACGUCGGCUCCAAAAUGAACAGCGCAGGUAGAUUUCAACUACGCUGGGACGUGACGAAGAAACUCGCGGGUCCGCUGACGAGCAGCGUGGCCGCAAAGAUGAAGCCUGAGAACCUCCCCUUUAGGAUCUGGAGCACUGAUAUUCUGGUAGAGGGCAUGGGAUGGGUUGAAGUUAGUGCGCAGACGAGACGGCCGCAGGGAUGGAAGCCCGUGGGCAUGAAGAAGAAGGACCCUAAUCACGCAAGGCAUGAAAGGGAGAAGAGGCUGAGAGACGAGAUGGAGUACAAGGAUCGGAAGUUCUCGACUAUCGCCAAAGCAGAAGCAGCCGGAGACGACGUCGACGACGCGUUAAGCCGCGAGUUCGCCAAAGAUGCGGAGAAGAAGGGGGAGACGGAGGGUGAUGAGAUGGCAGAGUGGGAAGAGAGGUAUCCUGAGAUCGAAGUCUUCAGUCCUUUGGGCAAGUUUGUCGGUGCGAGGCGGCCGAUGUGCGCGAGUACGGUUAUGGGCCCCAAGAGCGUAAGCAGCAGAGAACGGGUCGCCCGGCCGCGGAGGAGUAUGGUCAGCGUCAAAAGGCAGCGACGACCAACGGAGAAGUCGUAG